AGGCAGCUAAUCUUUGUACAGUGACGCACUUACGUGAGACGUGGCUAACCGUUUGUGCCGCAGCUAUAAGGCAGUUAACGUGCCCCAGUGUUUCGUAUCCAUACAGUCAAUCCAAAUGUCUGCCACGUGCGUCCUUCUGCUGCUCUCGUUGGCGACCACGGUCAAGGGUGACGAAGUGCUGGUGACCGUACAGCAGGGCACGCUGAGAGGGUUCACGGCGACGAGCGUCUACAACACGUCCUACACGGCAUUCCUGGGCAUCCCGUACGCCGAACCACCUGUGGGCGACCUGCGUUUCGAGCCUCCGCAAGCUGCCAGCGGCUGGGAGGGCGUACGCAACGCCACGCAGUACGGCAGCGACUGCGUGCAGGAGACGGGCGAGGGCUCGGAGGACUGCCUCUACCUGAACGUGUACGUGCCAGGGGUGCCGCAGGAGGGCGCCGGGCUGCCCGUGCUCUUCUACGUGCACGGCGGCGGCUUCGUCAGGGGCAGCGGCUCCGACCAGAAGUUUGGACCGGACUUCCUCGUCUCAUAUGGAGUUAUACUGGUCACCAUCAACUAUCGCCUUGGGCCGCUAGGUUUCAUGAGUACUAGGGACGUGGUGAUCCCUGGCAACGCGGGACUCAAAGACCAGCUGCUGGGGCUCUCCUGGGUGCAGAGCAACAUUGCGCGCUUCGGCGGUGAUCCUCAACGUGUGACGCUGGACGGACGCAGCGCUGGCGGCGACGCUGUCUCCCUGCAUCUCACGUCACCUUUGACUGCAGGUCUCUUCUCACAGCUGGUGGACCAGAGCGGCACCUUCGUCGCCCGCAUGUCGCUGGUGCGCGAUGCCCGGCACCACGCCUUCGCACUGGGUUCCGUCCUCGGCUACGAGGCGGAAAACUCGCAGCAGCUGGUGGAGUUCUUACGAUCUGUCAACGCCACUGACCUUCUAGUGGACCAGUCGCUCUUAAUGACGGAUGAGGAAAAACUGUACUUCUCUUACAACGUUUGGGCACCUACUAUCGAACCGGAUAUCGAAGGUGCUUUCGUACGAGAGUCUCCAAUUCGGACUGUGAGUGCAGGCACUUUCAACAGAGUGCCCAUCAUGAUCGGCGUUACAUCUAUUGAGAAUGGGGCCAAUAUUCUGAAUGAAACAGACGUUGUUGCCAACCUCAACGAAAAUUUUGAAGCUGUGGUGGGGCCAUGUCUUCAUCUACAGACGACGAAUGAACAGACGCAAGCAGCACUUACAGUUAGGAAUUUCUAUUUUGGCAACGAAACUAUCAGCCUAGAUAAUCCUGAGCCUUUGGUCCAGCUUAAGGUGGACCUAGAUUUCUUCAAUCCCACUGAUGCACUCGUCAGGAAAAUAGUGGAAGUUACCGAUCUACCAGUCUACUACUACGAGUUCGACUACCGCGGAGAGAACGUACCUACAAACGAAUGGGGCGUUGAACACGGUGGAGAGCAAGGAUUCCUCUUCCUCCAUUAUAAUAACGACCUCAAUUACAACUUGGACCCACAAUCUGAAGAGGAUCAACUGCGGAGGAACAUGCUGCGUCUAUGGACCAACUUCGUAAAAUACGGGAAUCCAACCCCCGAGGCGGAUCCUGUGGUGUGGGAGCCCUAUAACCUGACCAAUCGCAGCUACCUGCUGAUGCAGGCCAACUUCACGCUCGCACACAACAGGCUUGGUGAGCGCAUGGACUUCUGGAACGAUAACGUGCCAUUGGAGGCGUUCCCCGGGACCUACUGACGAGAGUUACAUGAGAUUCUGAAUAUUGGAUUAGCACUUCGACAUUACGAAACUUUUGUUCAAUAUUUCACACAAGUAGUUUUGCAUGUUUUAAAAGAAGCUUUUUACAAAAAUCGCUGCGAAAUAAAAUAUUAGUAUAGAUAUUUCUUCCUAUAUCUCUGCUUUGUGUUCUUUGUUUAAACACGUGACGUAUCCGCACGUCACACUAUUUGUUGUUUUGUACAACCAAUAUUUAUUUGCGAAAUUAUAAUUACGGUACCUUUUCUCUGUAGGUAACUGUUUCCUUUGGAAUAGCCUUUUUUCGAUCAUCCUAUACUGUAAUAGAGUGCAGGGUAUUCUUUAAGUCACAGGUGUGAUUUCUUUAAAAACCUCAGUUGUUACCACGUUUCAAAUCCUUUUGGUAACUGCGCCGACCUUGAUGACGUCUAAGUCGACGAGGAGUUAGUUUCUGUCCACACACAUCUGCCAUAUGGCCAUACAAUGUUCGUCACAGAGAAAAAGUUAAAACUGCAAGUUCACAGAGCAGGCUUGCUUCCAAAACUCUUAAAUACUUAUUUCACAAGAAAUUUCUAAUAGAAUGUGAAUUUCCUCAGUUUGUGUAAUUGUUUUACGAACACAACAAGAGGAAAUUUUAAGAUAUAUACUUCGAAUGGUUGACAGUGUUGUGGAAAAAUGGUUUAUCUUGAUGUAAAACACUACAGUUGAAACGCCCCUUAGAAAAAUUAGUGAAUUACUGUGC